GGGCGGGGCCGGGGCGGGCAAGGUCGCGCCGGCUUGUAAGGAAUCGAGGGAGCGGCGCCAUGAGCACCUCCCGCCUCUUCACCCUCGUCCUGGUGGUGCAGCCGCCCCGCGUCCUCCUGGGCAUGAAGAAACGAGGGUUUGGCGUCGGGCUCUGGAACGGUUUUGGGGGAAAAGUGCAGCCAGGGGAAAGCAUCGAGGAAGCUGCUCGCAGGGAGCUCCUGGAGGAGAGUGGACUGACUGUGGACACCUUACAGAAGAUGGGUCAGAUCACAUUUGAAUUUGUAGGCAACCCUGAACUCAUGGAAGUUCACAUAUUCCGGGCAGAUGAUUUUCAUGGAGAGCCAACAGAAAGUGAAGAAAUGCGUCCACAGUGGUUUCAUCUGGAUGAGGUGCCAUUCAAUAGCAUGUGGGCAGAUGAUAUCUACUGGUUUCCACUGGUGAUGCAGAAAAAGUUGUUUCGGGGCUAUUUUAAGUUCCAGGGACAAGACACGAUCCUGGAGCACACCCUGAAAGAAGUGGAGGAAAUUUAAAAAAAUGGAAGCAUUCGACUCACAUGCUGCUGCCCACAUUGGGCUAGAACAACAUCAGUACUAUGUAAAAGGGAUGUAAAAGGGUCCUCUUUCUUAACUCUCCAGCAAAGAGACUCAUUUGCCAGGGCACUGGGAAGCAAGGAAAAUCAGGGGGUUUCUUAGAGCAGAAAUAGAAGUAAUGAGACUUUCCAUGCUGUGAAGUCCCUGGCUGUGCUAUACUUCAGCGAUUACGUGAUCACAACUAUUAAAAAUGUAGUGUUAGCCAAUUUUUUUGCAGGUGGCUAAUUCUUUAAGCUUUUCCCUUGUGGCUAAUUAAUGUUCUUAAAAGAUUAAAAAAAUUCUUUUU